AAUCUGUAGUCCAAUACUUAAAAACACAAAUUAUUAAUUACUAAGUAAAAUAAACAGAGAAACACAUUCAUGAAACCACAACUAUUUAAUAACAAGCAAAACAUUUCCCUUUCUUAGCUUAAAGGUAAAAAAAAAAUUUUUAAGCUUAGGUCUUUAAUAAUUAAGUAGGUUGGUUCGACAUGUGAAUGAUUUUUUUGAAUGAUUUUUUUUUUACGCUUUAAAACCACCAAGGACUACGAGCAGGGCCCUUUCUGUAAACUACACGGCCUUGUAACCUGACUGUUUGGCAUUCAGGGGGUCAUUUAGCUGUCUGGAGAAGUGUGUGUAUGAUAUCGAGUCAAGCAAGCAGGUCAGAGAGUGCAUGGUCAGCUGAGAAGGUAGAGAACAAUUUACUUGGGUCAGAGAUACAUGUGUUAAUUUUAUAAUUAAAGAAGGCAGUCUUGGUGGAAGCAAGGAAAAGGUGAAUGAUGCAAACAUUGCUCAAUCAUUGCACGAUCUGUGGGUGAGUUUUCCUCUGUUUUCUGUUAGUGCUGUGAAGCAUUAUUCUGUCAGUGUGGAGACAGUAAGGCAGACUAAUUCCAUUGACAUGGAGAGGGCUGUGCAGACGGUAGAAGCAGAAGCCUCAGCAGGCAGAUCUGAAAAAAUGGCAUUGGUGGUAGGGAUGAGAGCAUGAUAUGAGAAGAGGAGUUACUGUCAGAUUUGACAUGGUGGAGUUUUUGGUGAAUGCAGCAUUAAAGUUUUUACUUGUUUUUUGGUGACUGCAAGUGGUUCAGGUUGAAGGAUCAGCGAUGGUGAAUGACCGGACACGGUGCCACGAGUUUGGUGAUUGAAGUCUCCACACAGGAUCAGAGUGGAGCAAUCCAUUGGAAAUGCAGAGAAAAGAGAAUCGCACUCUUCUAUAAAAAGGACCUAGAGGGUUAUUAUGAUAGGAUGCUUACAAGGUUUCCAAACAGUGCCAAUGGGAACUCAGAUAUCUGAAGUUCAGAAAGAGAAGAAGGACAGUAUAGGUACUUUUCAUAGUACCUGAACUAAUUGUGGAACUACCCACUUUUUGGCGUUUUCGCACCUCCGGAACUGGAUGCGAUUUUAGUACCGGCCUGCCUUUUUCGAGAACCAAAUUAGCUCCUACUCCGGAGCAGGGUCUAACCAGCACAACUGGUACUAUCCGUGACGUAAGUAGACGUUGAUUGGCCAAACGCGUACGAAAACGCCCUCACCCGCCAUGAUUUAAAACGCCGUGUAAACACACUGUAGUGUCAACUUAUUUCGCAAGUAUGGUGAACAGCGAUAGAUGGACGCGAGACACAACAAAAACACAGCUCCGAUCACAGCGUCCUCCAUCCUCCGGUUGUUUAUGUUGUUCUUCUUUGUUUCCGUCAUUGAACGCCGCGCACAAAUGACGUCGCUGUCGACCAGCUUACGUCAAUUCCUAGUGCCCACUGUCGGUGCGAAUGCAACCCUUUAAACGGUACUGGGAAAUAGUUCGAGCAAAAUCACCCAGUACUUUAGUACUGUAAAUUUAGUUCUGGAACUAAAGCGGUGCGAAAGGCCCUUAUGUCCAAGCGGUGCAGCAAAGUGGUAGAGAGUGCAGAGUGUGUGGACAUGUUCUCCUAGUUGAGCCAAAUCUCUGUGAAUGCAGGAAGUGAUGUGAGAGACUACCAGCAUAGGCCGGGAUGAAGUCAGCUUUGUGCACAGCUGGCUGGCAGGUCCAGAGGCCUGCAGAUCUGGGUGGAAAGAUAAGAUGGGAUGUCCAGGUCCCAGUGUGUCCAUUGUGCAAUACCCCCAUUCCGAUUAAAAGAGGGGAAAUGCCAGAUGUUAAAGUUGGUGAGCACAUAGACCGUGACUGCAAGUCAGAUCCUGCACAGAAGAAAAGAAAGAUUUUUACAAAUAAGUGCUCUAAAGGAGGCUGCAAGCAGAAGGAGAUGAUUCGUGUAACAUGUGACGAGUGCCACUUGAACUACUGUCUUAAGCACAGACAUCCAUUGGACCAUGAUUGUAAGACUGAUGGCAAGCCAGUCUCCAAAUCAGGACAUGCUGCUUUAAUGAGAGCUCAGGGUGCCUCCAGCAGUAGUGCUGCAGGCUCAUCCAUUAUAGGGAGCUCGACUGGAGUAGGCCGAACAGCUCGUGCUCAGAAUAGUAGUGCACAAAGGACUCCAGCCCCUUCUGUGGUUCCCCCUGCGGCACAGAAUGUAAUACCUUCAUCAGCAUCCUAUCAGGCUGGACUGACAGAGGAGCAGGCUCUCCAGCGUGCAUUAGAGAUGUCACUGGCGGAAACGGCCCGACACACGCCGCCUGCUCUCAGUCCUCAGGAGCAGGAGGAUCUGGCCCUGGCUCAGGCCCUCGCUGCUAGUGAGGAAGAGUACCGACGACAGCAGCAGAGACAACAGGGGAGGGAUUCCAAGCAGUCCAACUGCUGUCUGUCUUAAACUCCGAUCAUGCUGACACAAUGCAAUCUGCCUCAUUUUAAACACACACACACACACACACACACAAGUAUACCAGUACCCUGAAUGGACUAUUCCGCAACCCAGCGCACAAACCUCUGGGUCUGCCAACGCAAUUAUUUUUCAGACAGAGCUUUAUGUACAUAUUUUAUAUAGUGACUAUGUUAAUCAAUAUUCAGUGUAGAUGUUUCUGAAAAUAAAUUAUUUUAAACAUUU